CGCGCUCCCGGUGCUCACGAGCACGAGCCGAGGCUCUUCUCUUCGCCGCCUUCAGAAACAGGAGCAAGAACCAGGAAGCGAAAGUACACACAUGGAGGGUGUGUCUUCCCCCGCCAGCGCCUGUUUUAGUUUUUAAAACACCGUCCUCCGCUGGUUAAUACAUGGGGGACACGGCGAAGGCCAAGCGGCGGGAGCAGCUAAAGCGCUGGACCGGCUCCUCCACCGACAAGGCGUCGGACGUGCCCCGGCGCAGGCGGCGGGUCGAUGCCGCGCACGGCGCAGGAGAGGCCGAGGCCGAACAGAGCGACCCGCCGGGGGAGCAGCCGGAGUCCGCGGGCGGAGAUGGAAGCAGCCCCAACCUGAAACAGCGAUUUAGGAAGAGUGUGAGAUUUGACAGAGCUGCUGAGUUUCUGGCUGCGUGUGCAAAUGGAGACACGGAGGAGGCUGAGGCGAUGCUGGAGGAGGCCAAACAGACCAAAACUAGGAACGGGGAGGGCAUGCUGGAUAUCGUCAACUGCUCCAACGCUGACGGCAUCACUGCUCUGCACCAGGCCUGCAUAGACGGCAGCAUAGAGAUGGUGACCUUCCUGGUGGAUCACGGUGCCUCGGUAAACCAGGUCGACAGUGAGGGAUGGACGCCGCUGCACGUCGCUUCCUCCUGCGGCAACCCAGACAUAGUCGAGUUCCUUUUGCAGAAAGGUGCAUCUCUCACUGCUGUGAACUGUGACGGGGACGUUCCCCUGGACAUCGCUCUGGAUGAAGCCACUGACACUCUUCUCCAGGAUUAUUCUCAAAAACUGGGAGUGAACUUGGAAGCAGCUAAGCGUAGAGAAGAGGAGCAGAUGAUGGCUGAUGCUCGGACUUGGCUGAGCGAAGGGCUGCCUGCUGAUGUCCGAAACCCUCGAACCGGCGCCACACCGCUGCAUGUGGCUGCAGCCAAAGGCUACCUGGAGGCCCUAAAGAUACUGUGUCAGUGUGGGCUGGACGUGUCUGCUAUAGACUUUGACGGCUGGACGCCCCUCCACGCCGCCGCUCACUGGGGUCAACCGGAGGCAUGUUGCGUUCUGGCCGAACAACUGUGCAACAUGGAGGCUCGCAGCAACGGGGGCCAGACACCUUUUGACGUGGCUGAUGAAAAUCUCACAGAUCUCCUAGAGGAGUUGUCACAAAAACAAGCCAAUUGGCGUAAUGAACGGUCGAUAUCAGACAGGCAGAACCAAGCUGGAUCCAAUGCUGCAAACACACAGAACAAGCGGCGGAGGAGUUCGGUGUGCAGGAUGAGCAGUAAAGACAAGAUGAGCGUUCAGGACCAGUCCAAAGAGAGGGGCAUUUCAGGAGGCCUGGAGCUGAGCGAGGAGAAGGAGAGCAGCCCCGAAAGCUCCACUGUGUCCAGUCCAGACUCCGAGAGUGUGACAGCAUCUACCGUCAGUCCUGCUGAAAAGACAUCCGAGGAGAAAGACCAGGAUGUGGAGGAGAAGGAGCAGGAGCAGGACAAGAUGAGCCGUACCGCCAGAGUCCAACCAACUCCUCAGAUGAAGGACGCUUUAGCCGAGAGUCCAAACAUGGAAAAGAAACAACAAUCCAAACAAUUUCAGCCUCCAGUUAGAGACGAGGAGUCUGAGUCUCAGAGGAAAGUUCGGUCUCGGUUGUUGCGCCAGACUCGCCGCUCCACACAGGGCGUGACGCUGACGGACCUGAAAGAAGCAGAAAAAAACGUCAGUAAAGCUAUUGAAACUCUAGCUCGGAACAUCCAGACUGUGAGCCCCAUCGUCACCUUCACACCUGCUGAGAGAGACACCGACCCGAUAAAGCAGGUGGAGUCGGAUGGAGAUAAACGCUUGGGAAUUAAUUACAGGAGGAAGCAGAGGAAGGAGAGACGCUCCACUGGCAUCGUGCAGCUGGGAGAAAACGACGACGUUGACACUCAACUAGAAGAUGCAAACGGCCACAGCACUGAGGUCCAAAGUGAAAGAUUUUGUCCAAGUCAAGGGCCGAUUAUUGGAGAAGGAAGACAUGAAUUUGCCCUAAUUUUCAGUGUGAAUCAACUGGAGGACCCGUCUGCAGACUACAAGAAGUUGUACAUCAAGGUUCUGCAGAAGAACUUGUCUCUGAAUGAGAAACUGCAGGAGAUGGAGCUUCAGCUCAGUCAGAACAAAGUGGAGCUGGAGAGACUUCGACAGGUUGGGAAGAGUCAGGAGAGCAGCACAGACAGACCGGCUCUGCUCGAGCUGGAGAGAUUUGAGAAGUUGUCCCUCCAGAGGAAAGCGUUGGAACUGGAGGACGAGCUGAAGGUUCUGGGGGACCUCAGAGCAGACAACCAGAGGCUGAAGGACGAGAACGCCGCCCUCAUCCGAGUUAUCAGCAAACUGUCCAGAUGAGCCUGGAAAACCCUGGAGACACAAAGUAUUACACGAUGUAUCAGUCAGCCACUCGGAGGACACGGACCACUAAAGGGAGACACAGCAUCAAACUGAUUUCAGGGUUCUUGUCUGCACUUGGGCCUUGUUAAUGUUUUUGUUUUGGGCAGAUCUACUGUAUAACACGCUGACCUGCAUAUCUCACAUGGACCGACGGGAUGUUCACAUCCACUUUUAUAUUACGUUUUUACUGUUGUAUUUUUUUAACUGGAAUAUUUUAAUGUGCUUUGCUUCAGUGAUCCUUUGUUUAGAGGCUUUAAGCCUCCCCGUAAGAAGGGGAGGAAUUUAAAAAAACAAAUGCCAGAUUUUAAUGUGCCAAAAGGAAAAAGAAAGGUUGGUUUCAGUUUUUGCACAUCCUUCAAGUCAAAGCAUCAAAUCUUUCUCAGGAUGAGUCUUUACUGGUUUUAUCUGGCUGCUGCUGAUGGUGAUGAUGGUGGUGGACCAAACCUGCUCAUUUCUCCUCAAACCUGUAAAUGUGCAUUUCACGUGUUUACGAGGGCCGCCUGUGGGACGCGGUGGAGUUCAGGUGCGUUCAGAGUCUGUUGUGAAUCAGAGACGUUUUGGGUGCUAAUAAUGUCAGCUUAGAGGAAAUGUUACAAGUGAGACCUGAUUGGACUUCAGUGCUGCACAUUACUAGGAACCUUUCUGCUGUGUUGUCCCAACGCUUCCCUACAGUAAAGAAUUCAUCCUGUGACGAACGACCAGAUGGGUCAUACUCUGAAUGUUUACUUCAGUAUGAGACAGAAAUGCAUGUCGAACUGUAUUUUGAUGCUGUGCCUUUGGAUAAACAUUUGUAAGUAAUAUUUCUAUUUGCUUUGGCAGUGUACAUUGUUGAGUAAAUACAAUACGGGCAUAAAUUGUUA